UUGUGCUUCAAGGAGAAAAACCGAUAUGUCUUUUGUCUUAUGAAGCAGUGUCGGUUGUCAAAGAGUACAAUCUACGUCAUUUUUGAAGCAGUGCAUGCUAAACGUCUGUGAGCAGGUGUGUCCCGACCAGAUACAGACUUUUAAAAAUGUCAGUUUAUCAAGAAACACCAUUGUGGACCGAGUUAAGGAACUAGCAGGAAACCUGGCAACACAGCUGGCCGAAGAGACAUGCAGCUACAUAGCUUUUUCAUUAGCUCUUGAUGAAAGCACAGACAACACGGAUACAGCGCAGCUAUCCAUUUUUAUUAGAGGCGUCAAGUCGGACCUUUUUGUCACUGAGGAGCUGUUGGAUGUAGCUGCCAUGCAUAGGACCACAACAGGACGGGACAUUUUUGAUGCGGUGGAGAAGUCCGUAAGUAAAAAUGCAUUGCCCUGGGAAAAAUUGGUGGGAUUAACUACAGACGGUGCCCCUGCAAUGUGUGGAGGAAAUGCGGGCUUUGUUGGAAUAAUGAAGGAGAAAAUGCAAAAAAGUAACUGUCACACGCCUCUGAUAACGUAUCAUUGCAUUAUCCAUCAAGAAACUUUGCGUUGGAAGGUGCUGGGGAUGAAUGAUAUAGUGACCACAGUCAUGAAAACAGUGAACUUCAUUCGGGCGCGUGGCCUAAAUCAUCGUCAGUUCCAGCUGUUCUUGCAGGAGAUGGGCCCGGAGCACGGCGACGUGCCGUACCAUACAGAAGUACGGUGGCUGAGUAGGAGCAAAGUCCUCUAACGAUUUUUCGAGCUUAGGGAAGAUAUUGCUCUUUUCAUGCGGAGUAAAGGAAAACCCUUGUCUGAACUGUCAGAUCCAAACUGGCUGUGUGACUUUGCUAUGUUGUGUGACAUAACUGAGCAUCUCGCCCAACUGAAUCAGAAGCUGCAGGGACGCAAACAAGUCAUUACGCAGAUGUCCGACAUGAUCACAGCUUUCCAUCGUAAACUUGAUCUAUGGAUGUACCAAGUGAAACAGGACAAUCUUGCCCACUUUCCUGUUUGCCAGGGCAUCUCAGCCGCAUUUCCUGGUACCUUUUCAUGUACUCAGCUAGCUACCAAACUGAGCCGGUUAAUGAAUGAGUUUGAUCGGCGCUUCUCUGACUUUAGAGCACAGCACUCAGGCUUUGCCAUCUUUGCCAAUACUUUCACCACCGACGUCUGCACUGCACCCCAACAUCUUCAGGUGGAGUUAAUAGAGCUUCAAAGCGAUAGUGGCCUGAGAGCAAAGUUCCAGGAUGCUGCAAUCCAGGACUUUUACCGUCAACUUCCUUCCCCCUGGUUUGAUGCCACAGCUUCGACUUCACGCUGCCCGUGUUCUGUCUAUGUUUGGGAGCACCUAUCUGUGCGAGCAGAUGUUUUCAAUCAUGAAUCUAAACAAGACCAAGCACAGAUCAAGCAUCACUGAUGACAACCUCCAUGCUGUUCUACGGAUUGCCUCAGCACAAGACCCAAAACCAGACAUUGACACACUGGCUAUGGAAAAAAGGUGUCAUGGUUUGCUAUGGCAGUCACGUUUUGUUUGGACUUUUCUCACUUCCUGUUUUAUUUUGUAAUUGGUUUUCUUGUGUGUCUCAGUGUUUUUGCUUCCUGUCCUGGUCCUGUUUCUGUGUAGUGAUUGUCUGCCCCGCCCUAAUGUGUUUCACCUGUGUGCAAUCACCCUUGCCUCCCUUGUCUAUAUAGUCUUUGUGCUCCCUUUGUCUGGGUCGGUUCAUCUGUUGUCUCUCUGUUGAUUUCUGGGUUUGUCCUCGUCGGUUCACGUGCCUGUUCAUGUCUGGUUGGUCGCAAAGCUGUUCAUGUGUGGUUGUCCUCGGUCCAACAGGAGACAGGAACAGGCUCCUGUCUGUAUUUCCCUGUUCUUCCCCUGUGUUUCCCUGUGCUUCACCAGUGUUGUGUGUAAGCUUUAAGUUAAUAAACCUUUUUGCACCGUCUCCCAUGUGUUGGCUGCAUUUGGGUCCAGCCUUACCCCUCAAACCCUGACAGUUGUGACAAAAGGUGUCAGAUAUCUGGUCAGAAAUUCUCCUUGUCAACUUCACCUUAAAACUUGACCAAUAUAGUUGUGAACUGAGACAACCUUUGUGUUGUUAUUCUGAGUUUAUUAUACUACGUUAUAUGUGUAGCAAUGUAUUUAGUGUUUGCAGGUUUAUGUGUUGAUGCAGACAAAUGUUCACUGUAAUCAAACCAUCUCUCAUUAGUUGGAUGUAUCCCCUAGCAAAGCUGUGUGCAGCCAUUUGUUUGUGUAAAAUGCUACACCUGUCACACAUGUUCUUAGCAGCUCACAAUUGUUGGUUGGACCGUUAUUCUGCCCCUCUCAACUAUGACAAAAAAGUUUUGAACAAAGUUAAUGUCAUAACUUGUUAUUUAUCCUUAUUCACUUGAAUAGUUUGAUCAUUGAUUGAUGGAGUAAUGUGGGCUUCAUAAGUUGACAAAUUAAAAGGAUAUAUGUUAUAACAGAGCAACAA